AUGAUAGCCGACAGGAGGAACUCUUUGAUUGAAGCAGUUAGAGGCGAACAAAAAUCUUCACUGACAAAAGAAAACAACUUUUCUACUCCUAUAAAGAGCUCUAUUCAGGACAGGCUAUCGGCGCUUUCAAAGAGCGCUGAUUGUUGGCAGGAUAGAGUAAAGAAAGACGAUGAUCUCUCAAAGUUAAAUCCUUCUUCUCGACGUAUUCCUUGCGCUAGGAAACCUCCUCGUCCUUUGGGAGUUGAAAAUAAGCCACCAACUAACAUAAAAACAUCAAUAAGUUCCUUCGAUAAUCCUUCGAAAGUGGGGAUCCUUCUCAAUAUUGAUAAAGGACUUGAAUCUUUCUUUCCUCAUCAUAACAAUUCUAGCCCGGACGUUUCAUUAAAUCUUGAUCUCGAUUCCGUAGGUAAAACCGAAGUUUUGGUGACACCUCGCCGUCCUAAGCCACGGAGUGUUCAUCGUGGAAAUUUGCGUAUAAAUCGACUUGCUGAGAUCGACACAACAAACAUAUGCAUUGCUGAAGAUCCUAGAGACAGUCUGCCCAAAAUAUCAAUAUUGAAAGAUGAUUUGUCUCAAGAUAUUGCAAAAUCAGCUAAAGAAGGACUGCAAGCUAUUGAGGAUUAUUCAGCAGCGAAGGAUUGUUUGAAACAUCACGAUAAUGCAUCUCCGUAUCCAAAUAAGAUGUUGAUUAGAGUGAAAGGAGAUAAAAAGGUAGAUGUGCGUUUAGUCGCUCCCGUCUCUUCCUCCAUACAUAGCAGCGGCGUGUUUAUACUUGUCACACCUGAUCGACUUCUCAAAUAUGAAGGAGAAAAUAGUAACAUCUUAGAAAGAACUAAGGCUGCCCAAAUAUGUAUUGAUAUUGCUACAAGGGGAGAUUUGUGUUGUUCUGCCAAGAAAGUAGAAGUGGUCACCGGUACAGCUACAGCCUUUCUCAAAUUGCUUGACGGAGGAGAAAUCGGCGAAGAGCCGGCUUUACCCUUGGAACCAUUCGAGUGUACAGUGGCCAGAUUAAACCUGGUAUUAAGAAUCACUGACGAUUAUAAACUUCAGUCGCUUAUCAAGGGAGAACGGGUUAGAUGUUCAUUACUGCAGCCUAAUGAUGCGCUAAUUUUUGAUUUCGGCUCCGAAAUAUAUGUUUGGACCGGAAGAAACGCACGAAAAACAACUGGGCGAUAUGCAGCGGAGUAUGCUCAACAACUAAUGAAAAAGUCCGUGCCCGGUUCGAGUGAGCUAUUGGGAGAAGAUUUCAAAUAUGAACGUCCUGAUUGGGUUCUUUACAGACGGCUAGUCCAGGGAGUGCAAGACAUAUUGUUCUCCUCGAAGUUCUAUGACUGGAAAUCCGCAGAUGCAAAGUUCAUUGGCUCUCCUAUGACUCCUAUAAAUAGCAAACUUUAUAGUCCGCAAUCAGUGAAAAGAAAUUUGAGGGAAGAAUCACGACUAUUAGGAGAUUAUGUGGCAUCUCUUCGUCAUCCUCCACCGAUUACUACAUUAGAGGAUCAAGAUAUCGGAAGAGAAAUGAAGGAUGUUGUAACGGAAAAUCAACAAUUUUUUGAACUAAGAGGGGAAGAACUUUUGGAAAUUGACAAUACGACUGUCCUUCGUUCCAAUUCUUGUUAUGUCAUUAGAUGGCAAUAUCGGAUUCAAGUGUCAGGUGUUCGAAAACUUCAAACUGGAGAGGAAUCUGAGAAGGAAACUGGAAGGGAACGUGUCGCAUUUUUUUAUUGGCUGGGCAAAGACACAACUUCAAAACAACAAGGUCUCUGCGCUCUCAAACUGAGUCAUAUGGAUAGAGACAAGUAUCCUCACAUUCGGGUUAUGCAGGGAAUGGAGACUUCGCUCUUUCUCCAAUUAUUCCAAGGAAAACUUGUCAUUAAAACACCCUCUAAAGUAGAAUUAGCUUACUUCCUCGUUUGCGGAGCAAUACCCCAGGAAGGUCAUGCUGUACAAAUCGACGAGUCACAGCCUCUACGCGCACAUGCUGUAUAUAUUGAAAUUAACCAAAACAUUCGACUUGUAGCAGGCUGUGACUGCCGUGAAAAUGCUGUCAAAACGGGUCUGAUACUAGCAAAUGUGAUAGAAGAUAAUCACAAAACCUUUUCUCUGUCGCCAUCAGCCUCUACCUCAAUCUCUAUUCAAGGCGAUGAUAAAAGCCUCAAUUGGAUAUUCGCUCGCGGUCGACUUCAUUGCCCUCGAUUCUUCAGAAUUUACGAAACAGAAGUUGAGGAACUAUUUUGUCCUCAAUACCAUAAUGAACUGGAAUUUCCUAUUGAGCAGAAUCGAUUAUCUGAUACUGUUAUUAUUGACGCCGGAAAACAUCUUUGGCUUUGGUCUGAGAGACCCCCUUCAAACUUCACUCUUCAUGUUGUUCAACAGUACUGGUCGAAAAGUAAUAGUCAAGCUACUGUUGUCAUAAAAGGAAAUGAGCCCAGUGAGUUCAUUGCUCUUUUCUCAACUUGGACAAGUUGGGAAGCGGUGGAGCAACCGGUGGCUUCACCACCCAGAAACUUAAAGGAAGUCGUCGAUGAGCGCUCGAAAACUUUUCCGUUAGAGGCAUUGCGGAAAAGAACGGAUCUGCCAGAAGGGAUAGACCUGAACAGUCUGGAACAGUACUUGACUGAUGAGGAAUUCCAGAAAACUUUUGGAAUGAUGUUGCAAGAGUUCCACGAACUUCCUGACUGGAAACAGAUCCGUCUUCGGAAAGAGGCCGGCUUGUUCUAG